AUGGGCCUACUGAAUAAUGCCUCCUUUGUUGCUGUCAUCAGCGCUUCGAAAAGCCUCGCACAGGAAUACAAUGCGAUGGAGAAUUUCGGUAUCAUUGGUAGUGCUUCAGUGGCACUAGGAGUCUUCGCUACUCCUAUAAGUGCCAUGGUUUCCGAACUAGACGUACCCUUUUUCUAUCGCUUCUGGGUUACCACUAUCAUACGGAUCAUCGGCCUUGUCAUGAUCGCUUUCGCUCCUACUUUCGAGUUCUGUGUUGUUGGAGUGUUACUCGCUGGCUUGACCCAGAUCUUGGGGGAGAACUUCACGCUUUGUUAUAUAAGAAAGUUCGACCCUACUUUCAUCGGCGAUUGGUCCUGUGGUACGGGGUGGGCCGGUGUCCUCGGUGCCUUCUUCUACCUAACCCUAAGGGCCCCUCCUAUUGGCUGGUCUAACCAGANNNNGAUUUGUUGCAUCUUGUUGUCAUGA